AUGGGUCAAGAUAGUUCUAUGUUGUCCGAACAAAAUAUUCGUAAACGUCAUUCAUUAGUCUCAUUCCCAACUCGAUUUGCGUCUGAUAAAGUUACUAAUGGUACUCGAUUUGUUUUACCAUCAAAAGCACCUAAAAUACUAAAGGAUACUAAAUAUGCAUCAGCUCGAUCAGCACCAAAUUUGACAUCAAUAAACAAUAAAAAAACUAAAUAUGUACAAUUAUACAAACCAAUCUAUAUAGCUCUUUGUACUAAAACUCUCAACGAACAAUUUUUUUAUGAUGAAGGUGAUGAAUUCGAAUUGAUUGAGAAAAUUGACGAAGAAUAUUUACGUGUUAUUCAUUUACGUACAAAUACUGAACAUACAAUACAUAGAAAACGUUUGCGACUUGAUCCUGAAACACCAUUACGUUUAAGUAGCGCUGAUCGAGGUGUUAUACAACGAUGUUUAUUUCAAUAUAAUGUACCUGGUGCUUAUCUUAUACGUCGAAGUAAUACGGAAUCUAAUGCAUUUGUUUUGAGCGUAGCACAAAUAUCGAAUCGAAGAAAUGCUGAAGAUUGGCAUUAUUUAAUAUGUCUUGAUACAUUAAAUCGUUGUUUUUAUUUUGCACAAGAAUCAAAAUUAAAAAAUAUAUCAUUUACAUCAUUUCAAGAACUUAUUCAUGAUCAAAAUGUUCUGAAAGCUAUACCUUUAUCAAUAAUAUUACCAUUUCGAAUUGAAUUUGAAGAAGAUCUAUGGCAUAUUCCAAGACGUCAUUUAACAUUGGAAUAUCGCAUAGGUGAAGGUGAAUUUGGAGAAGUAUGGCGUGCAUUAUGGCAAAAUGGUGAGCGAAAAAUACCAGUUGCAGUUAAAAAGUUACGUCUAUUACGACAUGAUAAAUCAACAACAGAUAGUUUUAUUCGUGAGAUUGAAACAAUGAAAACAUUAAGAAAUAAUUAUAUUGUUGCAUUGUAUGGUGUUGCACGAGAUUCUCUAACAAAUGAAGCAUUAAUUGUAACAGAAUUAAUGAAAAGUGGAGAUUUAAAAAAAUGGCUGAAAUCUUGUGCAGAUGUACCUGAUGAAAAAGUCACAAUUUCGUUUGCAUAUGAUAUAUGUCGUGGAAUGUCAUAUCUUGAACAAAGAUCACGUGUACAUCGUGAUCUGUCUUGUAGAAAUCUUUUAAUGAGUGCUGAUGGAAAUAGAAUUAAAAUAGCUGAUUUUGGUUUAUCAGCACUUGUUAAUAAAGAUGAUUUUGCACAACGUAAAGAAGUCUAUUCAAGAAAAGUACCUAUUCGUUGGACAGCUCCAGAAGUACUUAAUAAUGAAACUAUUUUUUCAAUAAAAUCUGAUGUUUGGUCAUUUGGGAUUGUAUUAAUUGAAAUUUGGUUAAAAGGUGAUGAUCCUUAUCCAGGUGAAAAAGAAUUUUCUUCAAUACGAGCACUUGUAGUUAAUGGAUAUGUUCAUAAGAAACCUUUGAAAUGUUCAAAUCAAUUUUAUAAUCGAUUAAUUCUUCCUUGUUUAUGUUAUGAACCAAAUCAGCGACCAAAUUUUAAAUCAUUAGCAGAACUUUUAAGUCAAUGGAAUAAAAUAAAAGCUGAAUAUGAUCGUUUAAAUCGUCCAUGUGUAAAACUUUCUUCAUAG